GGAAGAAGAAUCAUCAUCAUCAUCUGUGGUGUAGCAUGACUUUGCAGUGAGCUGCCGCCUCUUCUACCUUUCAUCCGAGGAUGGAGCUGUCCCACCGGCUGCAGGUGUGGCAGCAGCUGGCAGCCAGCUGUGGGCUGAGCACGGUGCAGCAGGGCGUCCAGCAGCUGUGGAGGCUGCUGCUGCUCUGCCUCGUCUGCAGACUCUGCUUCAGACUGGGAGGCGUGUCCACCGUGAAGCACGUGGUGUCGGUGCUGGCGGGGAUGUGCGCCCUCUUCCUGUUCUUUGAGCAGCACAUGCUGUGGGUGCUGGUGCUCAGCGCGCUGUGUUACCUGGCUCUGCUCCUCAGCCCACACUCCGGCAGCAGGGGCCUCUUCCUCUCGGCUCUCAUCCUCACCUACCUGCUCGUUGGAGAGUUGCAUUUAAUUGACAUGGUGACCUGGCAUAAAAUAAGAGGCUCCCAGAUGGUGGUGGCCAUGAAGGCCAUCUCUCUAGCCUUUGACCUGGACAGAGGCGCGGUGGGCAGCCUGCCCUCUCCAGCGGAGUUCCUGGGCUACGUUCUCUUUGUGGGCACGGUGGUCUUCGGUCCUUGGAUCAGCUUCUCCAGUUACAAGAAUGCCGUUGAGGGCAAAAAACUGAGCUGGUCGUGGCUGCGCGGGUCCUCCCUCAGCCUCCUGAAGAGUCAGAUCUGUCUGCUGGUCUCCACCUGCGUGGCCCCAUACCUCUUCCCUUUGGUAAUCCCCAUCCACGGAAACGCAGUGCCACAGAAGUGGCUGCAUGCGUAUGAGAAUGCAGUGUCCUUCCACUUCAGCAACUACUUUGUGGGUCACCUGAGCGAAGGCACCAGCAUGCUGGCUGGAGCCGGCUUCACGGAAGAAAAAGACAACAUCAGGUGGGAUAUGAGUGUGGUGAAGCCUCUCAGUGUGGAAAUGCCUCGCUCCAUGGUGCUGGUGGUGACGUCCUGGAACAUCCCCAUGUCCCGAUGGCUGAAAACCUAUGCCUUUAAAAACGCCAUGAAACUGGGGACUUUUCCAGCCAUCCUGGUGACGUACACAGCCAGCGCCCUACUGCAUGGUCUGAGCUUUCACCUGGGAGCUGUUCUGCUGUCUUUGGGCUUCAUCACAUAUGUUGAACAUGUUCUGAGAAAGAAGCUGGCCUGUGUGUUGAGUGCGUGUGUCCUGUCCAGGCCCUGCCCCUCUGACUGCAGCCACCAGCACAAGAAGGAGUAUUGGGUGAUGUUGCUGAACCUGGUUUUCAGCCUCCUGGCCAUCUUCCACCUCACCUACCUGGGCUCCAUGUUUGAUCCCGGACUGGAUGAACAGGAAGUGGAAGAGGGCUACACCGCCAUUCACACCAUCCGGAGGUGGUCGGAGCUGAACUGGGCCGGCCACUGGGUGGUGUUGGCCUGCUGGCUCUUCUACCGCCUGAUUCAGUGACGUCACGGGAGCCGUCGGGAAGGCUGGCAGACACCACAGACUUCCCAGCGCCAUGUCGGGACGGGGGACCAAGGACCAGGACGUGCUCCAGCUGGAUGACUGCGUCUGUGGUGGGGGGGGGGGAGGAGAUUAAUGUGUUAAGAAGAGAUGGAUGGUUGUAGAGUGAGAACAAAGAUAUCUUUGGUUGUAGACUUGUCCCAGGCCACAUUUGAAUGAACUUUUGAUGAUUUUGGUUGCAUUGGCAAUGUGAGUCUCUUGAGAAGAUCUACUAGACCCAGCACAGGCUGUCUGCAGACAGGCCAGCCUAGAGCGUGAUUUAUACUUCUGCGUGAAAUCUACGCUGUUGCUACGCACACACCAACGCACAAGUAUUAACAUCAGGCCACUUAACGAAGGCUACGGCGCCAGCUCUGCGUGGAGCCUCCGCAGAACCAUAAAUCACGCUUAACUGUCUAUGAACAGAAUGGCCCCGUAAGAUCGGUUCCGUUGUAAUGUUGGCGUUGGACAAUGUCCGAAAACAUUUCAGCAGUUUAGCAUGCCUCGACACAUUUUUUAAAGGGUCCAUAACUGUAAUUGUUCAUAUGUUCUUCUGUUAAAAGUCUUCUUUUUUUUAUACUGUUGAUGUAUUGUUCCUUGUAUUUUUUUUCUCUGCAUUUUUCUGUAAAUGUUAACAAGCUGCUGGUUUGUGUUUGUCCGCCAACAGCAUAGUAACACAGCCAGGAUGGAACCCUCAACUCCCAUUGUUAUAUCUUUUUCUGUUGGUAAUUGUGAUCACCUACCUCAAUUUAAAAAAAAAAAAAAA